UCAUCGUUGGGAAGAGCCCGAUAGCUGAACUCAGAAAGUGGUUUUUGUUUAUAUCAAUAGUUAGCAAAUAAUUAUAAGAUUUUAAACUUUUUUAGACCAUCUUUUUGGCUAAAUGUAUUAUUUGUAUGGGAGUUCAUAUUUAUGAUGUGACUAUUAUCAAGACAAUUAGAUUCAUACAUUCAAAUUCUAUAAUUAAACAGUAGUACAAAAGGAAUGGAUUGUGUUGAUAAUUUGCCCAGGAUUAGCGCCACUGUUCCGGAACGAUACCCAUGCAGCCAAUGUUCAUCCGUGUUUCGAGGGAAAGCAUUCCUGGCUCGUCAUAUUAAUCAGCAACAUCAACCAGUGAAGGCAUACCGAUGCACCCACUGCGAUGCUGCUUAUAAUUUGUUGAACAAUUUGUCUAUUCACCGGACCAUCCAUACCACCGGAAAUCCGCCGUUUAAAUGUCCCCAAUGCAAUAUCACAUUUCGUCGCCACGCUGCCCUGGUGGGUCACAUCGAGAAGCACUACGUCAGUGAGGAUCAUAUCUGUGCCAUAUGUGACGGCGUGUUUCGAACGCUGGACGAACUGAAGGCACACGUGUACGAAGGCCAUGAAAAUGGACUGCGACGACAGAAAAACAGUUUUAGAAUUGUUCCAACGCAGCACAAGAAGGACUUCAAAUGCAGUCUGUGUGAGGAUAAAGUGUUUUCUAAACGCAGCUUGCUUGAAAGACAUUUCCUCAUCCAUACCAAACGCAAGCCUUUCGCGUGUGACACCUGCGGAAAAUCCUUCAACCAGAAAAGCACACUCAAGACUCACUCGCUGGUGCAUACCAAAAUCCAGGAAUUUACCUGUCUCCUGUGUGGCUUGAAAUUCUCGCAAAAGGUCAAUCUACGGGUUCACAUGCUUCGAGUGCAUCCAAAACGAACCACAUGCCUGGAAGGCAAGCAACUGUGUCCAUUUUGUCCGUGCAUAUUCAAGAAACUCGGUAGUUUGAAUGCCCACAAAACAAAAAGACAUGCUGCUCUGUUGGCCGAAGCUUCCAAGGACCGUAAUAUUCCUGCAGAACCUACGUCGUGCGAACCAGUUUUAGGCAUUCUCUAUAAGUGCGGCAGCUGUGGAAGUGCAUUUCCGGAAAUGGCCGAACUGAACAAUCACAUGAGAGAACAUACGAAAGACAUUGAUGGAACUAAUCAACAAGCAUCGGAAAUAGUACAGCCCAUUGUGCCCAGUUGCAAUCGGCAACACUUACAAGGUCCCAAUGAACAAAGACGCCACGCUUGUGAUGUAUGUCCCGCAGCGUUCAAAAAAUCCAGUCAUCUUAAACAGCACAUAAAAUCUCAUUACGGGUUGAAAGGCAAUCGUUGCAACAUUUGCAAUAAAACAUUUACCACAAGCCACACUCUGAAGGUGCAUUGCAAUAGCCACAACCAAAAUUCACAACUUCAGUACAAAUGCGACCAAUGUGCGAGAAAUUUUAGUCUCCAGUCGAGCCUUCGAAGACAUCAAAAGCUUCACGAAAACCCUGAUAGGUUCUAUAAAUGCCCCUACUGUGAGCGAAUAUUUAAAUGGUUUCAGAACUGCAAGUCGCACAUCAAAGCCAAUCAUGCAGAAGCCGUGGAAGAUCUUCAGAGUCCAAUAGUUGCUCCUUCACAGCUAUUACAAUCGGACACCAUUCAAGCUGCUACUGAGCCUGAUGUCGGAGAAGAAAUGCUCAUCGAUCUGAGCAAUUUGCCGUGCAACGUAACCAUGGUGGACAUCAGCAAUUUGACGAACUGUAUCGUAAAAAUCGACGACCAGCUGUACGAGCUUCCGGUGCAGAUAGAAACGGACCAUCCAUUGAAUGAGGGUAUUGACUUGAGUGCGUUAAAUUCGUCAGAUCAAGUGAUUAUUCAAAACGAAGACGGAAUCGCCAUAGACAUUGCGCCACCGGAAGAAGCAAAUGAAGAAGUGAAUGAUUUUGAGGAGACAUUUGAAUCGGAAGAAAGUAAUAACGCUGUGAAACGUGCGCUCAAACCAAAAGAAAGGAAAACUUCUAAUAAAACAGAGCAGGAUCUUUUUGAGGAAGUCAUCCAAGAUGGGAAGAAAAAGUACAAUUGUAAAGAGUGCCAAAAAGUGUUCAAAAAGCCAGUGGAUUUACGAAGACACAUUCGAAGUCAUACAGGAGAACGCCCGUUCCGAUGCGAUCACUGCUCAAAGUGUUUCACCCUCAAAGCCGUCCUCGGGGCGCAUCUCAAAACGCACGAAGCUCGUCGAGAAAUGUUAACAUGCCCGGAGAAGGAAUGUGGCGGCCGAUUUUCCAGCAAAACAAGUCUGGAGCUGCACCGCCGCAUCCACACCGGCGAGAAACCGUUUCAAUGCGGUGUCUGUACGCUCACGUUCCGAACAUCAGGUCACAUGCAGGCACACAUGACUUCUCAUGCACGGAUGGCCAAGCGGCGAGAGCAAAACAAUUAUGAUUUUAUGUACCAGAAAUGAACAAUGGGUACAGUUCAUAUAAGAGACGUAAGGUUUAUAGUAAGAUAAUGAACCUUGGCGAUAAUGCAGAGAAAUUAUCUUUGAAAUAUUCAUCAAACCUGGAAUCAUAUUGUGUUUCAAUAACACUCCACUUAUGAUUUUAGUAGAAGAGUCUACAUUAACAAAUAAAUAAAUUUUAUAAAUUUCAACUAAAUAAAUCAUAAUUGUUGAUAUAUUUGCAAUAGUAGUGAUUAUUGUAUUUAAGCUAUAUAAAUUACAUUUUUUCACGAAUUAUUUAUCAAACAUGGAUUAUUUAAAACACUGACACGCUUGGCACUUUGGGUUCCUGAUUUAGUAUUACCACGUAUCACUGUAAUAACCAAAAGCCUUCGAAUGAGUUCGAAUUGGUAUAAUUUGUUUAUAUACCCUUAAUAGAACUUAUUUGUGUUUGGGAAAAUAGAGAAAUGCAUUCAGUGUCGGAAAAUUUUCACUUGCCCCACCCAUGGUAAAAAACAAUUUUUGACAGGCAAAGCAAAAAAAUAUUUUUUUCAAAAUUUUUGAUGUUCAUAUCAAUAUUUUUGUGGCUGGAAUUCAGAACUACAAAGAGAAACAACUUAUCAAUGCACUAAUUGAAUGUGUUAUGGAAACCAACAUAAAAAAAUAUUUGUAUUUAUUGACACGCAAAACAACUUGUGCAAAAGUUAAACUUGAAAGGUUAAUAAACUUUUACUCUCUCAUGUUGAAAUGGUCCAUUAUUUCAUGUUCCACUUAUUCAAUGCAUUGAUUUGAAUGGCCUUGUAUGAUUGUGAAGUGAAAUUGAAUAAUUCUGUGCUUCAUCAGUGAAAUACUUGGGGUUUUUUCACUUACCCCAUUUACCCACUUAC